CCCUUCUAUGGUCUGGCGGCUGCUCUAAAGUGGUUCCUCACCAACUUCCUACUGUUUCUACUGGAGUUCAACAUCUGUGGUCUCUGGCACUCUGACCGCUUUGCUGAAGCCAAGCCUGGCUUCAAAGCGUCGGCCCAGAAGAAGAAGGGAGACAUCCUGCAGCCGUGUGACACAGAGUAUCCCAGCUUUGUCUACGAGCCCUCCAUCAAGGAGACCAACAGCCUCAUUAAGUGUGGACGCUGUCAGAAGAUGUUUGUAACCCAGGCUGUCCCAGACAGUAACCUGCUGAUGUUGGUGGUACAGGCAGACUGUGACUGUUCCCGUCAGUACCCUGCUAUCACCAUGGAACCCAAGGAAGUGAAAUAUAACGCCUCAGUAAAGUGUGACAGGAUGAAAUCUCAGAAGGUCCGUAGGAGACCCGAGUCCUGCCACGCCUAUCACCCUCAGGAAAACGCCAAGGAGUGUGGAGAUGCAUCGCAGAUCUACCUGUCUGUCUCUCUCUUCCUCACCUGUCUCACUGCCUCCUUCACCUGUCUCAAGGCCUCCACGCUGGUCUUCCGAUGACAGACAGACAGCUACCUAGCCUAAACCCCCCCCCCUCUGGAAAUCUCUCUAGAAUGUUCCAGAAUGCCUGAUCUUAGCAUGCCUGCUACUGCUUGCGUUAACUUUAUCAAUCAAUAUGACUAUAUAGCUAAAAUUAUGAUAUUGAUCAUUUGGACUGAUGGACUGAGGGGAAUAAGCUGUUGACUGACUCCAUGCUUGAUGACUUUACAAUCACAGAGAGAUGUUGACUUCAUGUUUGAUGUCUUUCAACCACCAAAGUUGUGCUUCUUUGGACAACCGUUCUAAAACCAUGAAAGGGCUUUUUGGUUUCUUCUUCUUCUUCAGUGUCUGAUAACAGAACAUUAUAGUGUUUCUAUGCAAAAGGAAACAUACUUUAUUUGACCGUGGAAAGAUCCAGUAUCUCCAAUACGAUUCCAAAGGACUUGACUUUACAAUAAGACCAAGGAAGACUCUCAGUCUGUGGAUGAUGUGUUUUAUAAAUGGUUUUGAUAAAAUAAUACUCUGGAUUCAUGCAUGUGUUGUCUGUUUACCUUAAGCCAUGAAAUGGAGGAUGAACCUUGGAUAAGGAAGAGGCAUCUUUGAACAGUGAUACAAUUCAGAUAGUAGAAUCAGUGACCCCUACUGGUUGAAAUAUGACAUUGCAGGAUGGUGAUGAAUCAACUGGAGGCUGGCUGGCUGCUGAAGGAUGGAUGAACACAAUGGACUCAACUUCCACAUUGUUCUGUUCAUAACU